CCUAGAAGAAAGAAGUUUCAUUAAUUGCGCCAAGUCAAAAACGAGCUUGCGGAUCGUACGAGUCUUCAUUCUACCGCGAGGUCCAAUGAAAUGGCUACGAACGCAGUUUACGAGUUUCUCAAAGUCCAGAACAGGCCUUACAGUGCGAACGACGUCACAUCGAAUUUACAGGAAUUCAGUAAAGUCAAUGUCCAGAAGGCGUUGGACAAGCUGGUCAACAGUGAGAAAAUAUUCGAGAAGAUUUAUGGGAAGCAAAAAAUUUACUGCGUCGUUCAGGAAGCAACGCAGGAGCCAGAAGAAUUGAUGCGAAUUCAAAUGGAACUGGACCGUCACUUGACAGAAGUUACUUCGAAGAAACUGGAAGUCGAACGAGAGCUUCGCUCAAAAGAAGCCGAACUUGCAGCGCUGAAGUCAGGCUUGUCUAUCACUGAAGCGAAAGAUGAAAAAAGCAGACUACUAAAUUCAAUUAAAAAAAUGGAAGAUAAAUUGGAAACAAUAGUAAGCAAAAACGGAUCCGAAAAUCUUGGUGAAGUGAAAAAAUGUGUGCUUAAAAAAACUGACAAUUAUACACGGGAGUAUUCGAAGAGAAAACGACUCUGUGCUGAAAUGAUUGAAUCUAUUCUCGAAGGAUUUCCUGGGACUAAAAAAGGCCUGUACGAAGAAAUCGGCAUUGAAACUGUAGAUUUGUAAUGAUCCUUAGUCACGAAAUUAUUGCUGCUAUCGCACUACAAUUUCCGUUAUUAUUUAUUUCAGUUAUUCACGAUUCACUUCGGGCAUAUU